CUUUUCCCCGCCACUCGUCCAUCCGCCCGGCCUUGCGUCUUGUGCUUGCGCCUUCUGGUUCCUCCUUCCGUCCGCAUGCAGUCCGCCCCGUCUGCCAACGCCGCCAACACGCACAGCACCUCGGUAGCUCGUUUGGGUGCCGGGACUCGUGCAGAUCGCGUCCUGCUCGAAUCAAGCGAUCGUUGUCUCACGUUGGCGCAGCGUUUCCCCGAAGUUACACGGCUUGUCCCACCUCUCGGGCAUCAUCUGUAUCAUUCCUGUAGCUAGACGUGGCGCAGGAUAAGGAUAAGUCCUCGAAUCUUCCCGUCCAAAUGAUGGUGAUCUUCCGUCCAAUUCCUGCUCCCGGUCGGACUGCGCUUUGCCUUCUCCUUCCCAUCCCGUUAGACCUCCGAGUCCGCGACCCCAAUGACGAGGAUCUGCGUCCUCCUUUCUGGCCCCCGCGCUCGUCAGAAGGCGCACGAGACGAGUGCUAAUCCUUCAUGAGGGUCUCCCUCGAGGCGAGACCGGUCUGUAUCAGACGAGCGGUUUGCCACAUGUGAUAACGUUUCUGGUAACUGAUGUGCUUCCGGACUGCUUCCAGAAGGCCGCCACGCCACCCGGAUAGGUGGACAGGUAUCGCAGAACGUCGCCUGCCGUCGCUGCUUGCACCGGUCCAAGCUCAGUCCGUCUCUCUUCCCCUCAGCGGAGCUCCGUGCUUUGUGUUUGGUGACACGACUGCGGACGCCACGCCAGUAACGGACAACGACGACGUCUCAUAGCCUCAUGCUGUCCUGGACACGGUACCCACGCCUUGUCGUCGGACGCGUAGCUCACUUGCUGGAUCUUACGACGCUGCCGGCGGAGUCUGCGUGUUGCCCCUGCAGCCGCGACUAGUCUCCACCAGGCCGGGCGCACAGUGCCUACAACAAGCUCUUCGCUCUACUAGGGUCCCUUGUACCCCUUGUUGCAACCCGAUGCUCAUAUGAAAGUCUACUGCCUCCGCCAUCGGGAUAGGGGCCUUCCUUCGAUCAUCCGAGGUGCUUCUCGCCCCGGCCCGUGGCGGGCCGCGUGCUCCCGUCUCCAUGAACGUCGCGUUUGUGUGUUCUGUACUGGGCCGCGGCACGCCUAUAGAGCGGCCUGACUCUUGCAGCCCCGUCUAGGCCUCCAGCGAUGCUCCCGGAAGGGUCCCUGUGGAACUUGAAUUGCUGCGAUUAUAUGCCCG